AUGAGAUUUCUCAAAUCACUCGCACAUUUGAACCCUAGCCCCAAAAUCAGAUUUUUGGUCUCCGUCAUAUCCGGUCGUCUCCGACCCAUCUCCGCCUUCUGUGUUUCUCGUCGUCUCCGUCCGCCUCCUUUCGUGUCCGGUCGUCUCCGCCUAAGUCCGUUCGUCUCCGCCCGUUUCUCGUCGUCUCCACCCGUCUCCCGUGUCCGUUCGUCUUUGCCCAAAUCCCCGAAUGUCCAUAAAGGUACGAUUCUUGUUUUCUUGUUGCAUUUCAUCCGGCUCGAAACAGAGAAAUCACAUCCCAGACAUGGAGCAAAGCCUUCUGAGAAUGCAACGGCGCAAAAUAGAAUUUUGAGACAUAGUUUUCGCCGGGAAUCUCGAGGAGUCGUGGCGGCAGCAGGCUCAUGGAUGAGAUCGGCAAAUUCCGGCGGUCAACACGGCGGCGCUACGCGAGGCGUCCAAAUCUCGCAGUUAGCAGCAACUCGCGGGUCGAGGCAGGCGGUGGCUGGGGGAUAUUCAUAUAUUCGGCGCCUACAAUUCUUGGAUAGGUUUUCAUUUACUGGACAUCUUAGAGAGUUUGACCUGUCAUUGUCAUGGUAUGUUGUAAUGCUAUUUAAAGCUCUUGGAAUUCUGUUGGCCAGCAGGGGGAAUGAAGUGUUCGUUAGUUUCUAUCAGGUUGUGAUUUUCCAAAGGCUAGCCACCUAG